AUCGUUUUACUCUUUUUUUCCCCACACAAAACCGCUGUCAGCUUCAUAAUGUGACUCCCUUUACCCAGGCAUUGGCAAGACUGAGGAACGAGCAAUAAGUUAUGAGGCUUGGACGAUUCAAUAUUUAUUCAAGGCUAGCAGGGACAGAACUCAAUUUUCCUUCCAGAAAUAGUGACCCCUAGGAGCUUGCUUGACGCCUGAGAACGUCAAAAGAGACAGACCAACGAGACUGAACAAGCACUCUUGUCCCGGCUACCCUUGAUUCAAAGGAACCAUUUGUUGACGUAGUCCAUGGUUUCUAUAAAUCCUUUUGCUGAAGGAAAUCAUAGCCGAGAGAGUCUACGCCAACAAGAUCGUCGCUUGAGCAGAGGAAUGGUUUAGACUCGGGCACGAUAUACCACAUCAGUUGAUCGACGUGGAUUUUAACCAAGCCAGGCCUGACUUGCCUGACGCUAUCAAAGGAUUACCUCACCUGGAAGUCCCGAUCAUGAUCCACAGAGACAACGUUGUGUUUGAAGCGCCUGCAAUACUCCAGUACCUGGCGAGGGAGUUCACUGGUCACCUUGGAUUCGGCCCCGGACAGCAAGUCAGAUUGCUCAGCGAGUCUCUCGUCAGCUGGGCGUGUGGUGAACUUCACAG